GUUGUCCUGAGCUAGCCUCGACAGUCCAUCCGAUUGGCCCCAUACCAUGCAGGGUCGCAUCCAGGCCAGCCCUACCCCCGAGAGGGACCGCUACGUGCCCUUGCGCCGCACCGCCCGCGCCUGUGACUCGUGCCAUCGCAGGAAGAUCCAAUGUGACUCGUCCGUUCCCUGCAAUUGGUGUCGCCAUCAUAAUCUGGAGUGCACCUUUGAGAGACCCAUCGGCGGGAAGCGCAAGAAGACCAGUCAGCCUGAUCCAAGACCCCCGAAGGAGCCCCCUCAGCCCCCGACAGAAGAUCUGGAAGACCGGGUGCGCAAGCUGGAACAGCUUCUGACCCGGUCCAUCUCCACCAAUGAGCAUCCGAAAAAUUGUCUCUCCUUGUUGGACAAGGGUCAUCUCGACAUCGAGUGUCCCGGUCUAGGCCCUGAACCCCAUCCCAGUAGUGGCUUGUGCUUCGGCCAGAUCCAUUUUGCUGGGCACUAUGUGUGUGAUGUUCGUACUUAUUCCGGGAUCCCCUGCUUUUCCCAUGACGGAUACGAGUGGGUGCGAUCCUGCACCGGAGAGUCGGGCACCUUUGAGGAUGUCUGGUCACACAAGUCGCAGAACCAUGUUCCACAUCUGACUCCACCCCCGCAGAACGGGUACAUCCCGGUGACACCAGACCUUCCAGACCGGACGUUGGUGGAACAGUACGUGCGCCACUUCUUUACGUCCUUUGAAUGCUUGGUCUUUCCGGUGGUGGAUGAGGUGUUGUUCCGGGACACGGUUGAUUUAGCGUAUCAGCCGUGUCAGGGGGCGCUUCCUGUUGGGAUUACGAGUGCUAGGGCGUGUGUGUUGGCGUUUCUGGCCUUCAUUGCUGAACUUGAUCCUUCGCCUCAUUUGCCGCACGUCGACUCUGCUGUGUAUGCGGCCAAGGCGCAGCAUCUCCUCCCGUAUAUGCUGCACGACGUCAGUUUGCCUACGCUCCAGAAUUUCGUCAUGCAGACCAUGUACCGCACGUUCACCGGGGAACUUCAACUCGCCAAUCAAUUCCACUCCAUGGCAUGUCGGGUCAUGUUCAUGCUGGGGGGAGAGACGAAAGACGUCUGCCGACCACGGGACGCAUCGGGGCCAGAAGACCGCGCAUGGCGAUAUCAGCGGAUGCUCCGGCGUAUGUUCUGGCUGUGCUACGGCUUUGACAAGGAGUUGUGUUUCCGAUCGGGUCAACCGCCGGUCAUUGACGACGAACACUGCGAUUUGAGUCUCCCACCGAACUAUACCGAGCUGCAGUAUCCGACUAAACAGCACAACGUGACACUUUACGAGGAUAUGACGAUUCCCAUCUUCCCGGGUGAUUUACGCCUCACAAUGCUCAAGUCAAAGACCUAUCGGACCUUGUACUCCGCCAAAGCGUUACACAAAUCCGAUGCCCAAUUGCUGCAAGACAUCCGCGAGCUGGACGACGAGCUGGAGCAAUGGCGCAUGUCUGUUCCCCCGGCCCACCGACCGACCUUGGGACCGUCCUACGAGCAACAAACCGUGCCGGUGUUGCCAAUGCAAGCGAUUGUCAUCCGGUUGGAAUAUCAUUACAUGAUGUGUACGAUCCAUCGCGCGAGCGGAAGAUGUCAAGCGUGGGGAAAUACCCAGAACGGCAUGAUGGAGGGCGUGAGUUCGAGCAUGCUGUUAGCAGUGGAGGCGAGUCGGUCCUCAUUACAUUAUCUCCGUUCGGUGAUUGGCUCUGUUCGUCCGGAAGCAUUCUGGAUGAUAAUAUUCUACCCAAUGUCCGCCAUCCUCACCAUCUUCUGCAGCAUUCUGAUUGAUCCGUUGGAUCCAUGCGUCGAAGACGAUCUAGCUCUAUUGACUGUGGUACCGGCGCUAGUCAAGGAUGUUCGGCGGAGAAGGACGGCGGAGAACGAACUCGCGCAUAUGAAAAUGGUGACGAAUUUCGUGGCCGAGUUGACGAGACUGGGACACUGUGCGAUUGAAAAGGCGAGAGGGCGGCAGUCGUUGACUAAUGGUCCUAGGUAGAUGCGUUUCUUGCUGAUUGUUUGCUCGUUGCGUUUGAUUGUGCUUUGCUGUUUGCUGUUUAUUAUGGAGUAUAGGGGCCUGUUGUUAGAUACCCGUGUCAUGAGUGGAGUAUACUGCUACUGUUUAUGUUGAAUGAUGGAUUGGAUGUGGAUAGUGGUUAUGGUGUUGUGUUAUGGACAUACUGGUGUCGAGAGGUUAGAGGAAGAGUUGGAUAUACAAGAACUGCCUCUACCUCUAUCUCUACCAAAGUAUU